AUCAGCGUUACAUCCCUGGAUUCACGAGUUGCUGCGUUUUGGGACCGAUAAGACGUUAUUGUACAUCACAUGGAUUUAACAAUACUCCGAGUUAAUCUGUGAAACAUUCACUGCAGUAUGUGAAGAACUAGACCACGACGUUUUCUCCACUACCGACCUGAAGGGGGGUAACACCAGCGUCCAGUUUCUUAAACUAAACUGUGAGUGGAUGACAUGGCAACUGGAGGCACUCCUUUUGAUGACAGUGCAGAAGAGCUGCACAACUGGACAGUAACCAAUGGCAGUCUUGAUGAUAGACUCAACAACAUGGACUGGGGUGUGCAGCAGAAGAAAGCAAACAGAUCCUCAGAGAAGAACAAGAAAAAGCUUUCAGCUGUGGUUGUGGAAAGCCGCCUGACUAAUGAUAUUUCACCAGAGUCCACCCCUGGGGCUGGCCGUAGGAGAGCACGCACCCCUCACUCCUUUCCACACAUCAAAUACACCACCCAGAUGUCUGUCCCAGACCAGGCUGAGCUGGACAAGCUGCGUCAGAGAAUCAAUUUCACUGACUUGGAUGAGAGGAGCAUCGGCAGUGACUCCCAGGGUCGUGUCACGGCUGCUAACAACCAGCGUCAGUUAGUCGGAGAGAACAAGAAGCCCUACAACUUCCUACCUCUGCAUGUAAACACUAACAAGAGCAAGGAGCUGCUCCCUCCCUCCUCCUCUGCCCCGACCACACCAGCCAUUACCAAGGAAACCAAGAAACAGAGCCCAGGACUCAGGGAUAUAUUAACCCCUUUGGUUCUCACUAAGGAUACUCCAAGGCCAAGCCGUGCCGGCACUGAGAGAGGGCCAUUGUUUCACAGAGAACAUGAGAGAGGAGAGCCGAGAAUAGACAGCAGCCAGGUGGUGAGCAAACUGGUCCAGAUCCGGGAGUACAUCAGUAAGGCCAGCUCCAUGCGGGAUGACCUGGUGGAGAAGAACGAUGUACCAGCCAACGUGGAGCGUCUCUCCCACCUCAUCGACCACCUCAAAGAGCAAGAGAAGUCCUACCUGCGAUUUCUGCAGAAAAUGCUGACACGAGGGAACGAGGAUGAUGAUGUCGGAACUGUAGACUCUGCAGUGGGUUCACGUUCACUGGCAGAGAGCACUUCUCUUAACGUAGAGAUCCACUCGUCAGGUGCCUCAAUUGCAACGGGUGGCAGGCCAGAACCGGUGAGAGCUGACCAGAAGGAAGAGUUGGAGAAUCUGCGUAAGCAGCACGAGCUGCUGAAGAAGAUGCUGGAGCAGCAGGAGCAGCUCCGAGCCCUGCAGGGGCGACAAGAAGCCCUGAUGGCCAUGCAGGACAGUGCAGAACAGGCACUGGCUGUGAUUGAAGACACUGUUGUAACAGAAACCACCGGCAGUGUUUCGGGUCUGAGCAUCACAUCAGAACUGAAUGACGAGUUGAACGACUUGAUCCAACGGUUUCACAACCAGCUACGUGACUCUCAGACUAAAGCAGUGCCAGACAACCGUCGUCAGGCAAAUAGCCUUUCCCUCUCUAGAGAGGUGUGCUGGUCCAGGAUUCCUCAGGCUCUUGGUCCACCUCAACACAGGCCUCUGCUGCACUCAGCCUCCGGUCCCCACACUGGCCUCGACACAGGGGCAACAGCUGCUAGUGCCAAACUCACAAAGCUCCAAGAACUCCAAGACAAAAAACAAACAAUGGACAAGAUCCUGCAGGAGCUGCACUCACUCAGAGACCAGACACUCAACAAUAACUCAUGUCGCGGUUUAUCAACACAGUGCAGCCUGAGUAUGGGAGGAUCUUCAGAUUUUACGCCUGCUCUCUGCUCUAAUGGGGCGUCAGCUUCCGCGUCAUUUCAUCCCUUGAUCACACAACACCAGGACAGCUCCAAUUCCACAGACAAGCUCAGGAAGCUAAAGGAGGUCCACAAGCGCUUGAACGAGCUGCGGGAGCUGGUUCAGUAUUACGAGCAGACGUCUGACAUGAUGGUGGAUGCCGUCAAUGAGAAUGUGAAAGAGGAGGAUGAUGACGAGGAAGAGGAGGAGGAGGAAGAUGAGACAGAGGAUGGUUCUUUGUUUGAGGCCAUGUUUGACUCUGAGCAGGAGAACCGCCAGCCUGUAACCAACAUCAGAAACCCACAACGCAGUGGAAACUGGACAGACCUGAACAGCCUGACAAAUGGGCGCAGUGUGAGGAGCAGUGCUACAAACAACAGAGAUGGCAGACUGAACACAGAGUGUGAGAUUAACAACCGGUCAGCAGCGAACCUCCACAGCCUCAAUAUCCCCUCAGCCAUAGAAUGCCAGUACAAUAGAGAUACCCCAUAUAAUCAGGUGAAGGACAGCGAUGAUGAUGAAGAUGGUCUUGAUAACAAUGGAGGUGCACAGGCUGCGGCUCCAGACAGUGAGGCCUCGGGGUCCAGCCGAAGAAGCAGUCUGGGGAACAAUGGAGGUUUCUCCCAGAAGGUUCAUCGGCAGACGGCGAAGCAGAAACUACGGCAGCUUCAGGAGCUGGUGGCCAUGGUUCAGAGUGAUGACACAGAUGUCACAACAGCUAAUGAGGAUGAAGUUUUACACCAACAGCCAAAUAAUACCAGAGCUGCAGCUGCAGGAUCACAGGGGGCCGGAUCCAAACAGAAUCCUAGAGAACUUAGCCUCUCCAGCAAGGCCAGGGAGAAGUUGUAUGAAGAGAAACUGCGUCAGCAGAAACAGGAGUUGAAGCAGCUCCAUGAAGAACGACGGAGGCUCAUUGAAAUCCAAGGAAAGAUCCAGGACCUGGAGUGGGCUUGCCCGGACCUCCAGUCCUCUUUGUCCAGCACAGUGAGUCAGCAGGGCUUGCUGAGGAAGCUUCCAGUUGCAGUUUCAACUCCAGCCCCUGUCCAAACUUCCUCUGGACCUAAAACCAACUCGACUCUGCUCAAAUCCACCACUCCAGAAGCUGCUACUUCUUCAGUCACUGACAACGAGCAGCUGUGGUCGGAGAUGCGUCGCCAUCAGAUCUUGCGGGAAGAACUGCGACAGCGUAGAAAGCACCUAGAGUCCCUGAUGGCCGAACACCAGAGGCGAAGCGGUCUCAACGACUCACCACGACGAAUGGGUGACCAAGAAGGCCUCGCUACACCCUCACAGCCUGUUAGCAGGGAUGAAAGGACAAUGGCCACCUGGGGUUCCACUCCCUGCCACCUUGAUGAUGAUGAUGAUGAUGAUGAUGACGAGGAUGAGGAUGAUUAUCACUCCGAGAUGGGGGCAGAGGAGGAAGAAGAGCAGGAAGAGUGUGCAGAGAGCAGUUCUGAUGACGACAUCCAUAUCUACUCAUCCAGCAGGAACCAGUGCUCCUACAGUAACAGGAAGAAUCAUGGCAGCAACCUGAAGUCUCCGCAAGCAUUCUCGGGUGAGGCAAGUGGGAAUUCAUCCUUUCAUAACAAGACUAAUGCAAAGCAGCAGCAGCAGAAGCAGCAGCAGCAGCAGCAGCAGCAGUGCAGGAGUUUGAGCCAGUCUGUGAAUCAGCAUGGAGCAACACGGCGGCAAGAGAACCUGCGCUGGGCGUCUGAGCUCUCCUUCGCAGAGGGCUCGUCGCACUGGCAGGAGCAGGUCGGCCAGCUGCAGAGACAGCUUGACUUCAGCAACAGCAUGUGUCAGACACUCCUGCAGGACCAGCAGUCACUCUCUUACAUGUUACAAACCUUACUGACUGGGCAGUACAGUGUAGUACCCAACAACCUGUCAUCGCCCCAGGUGCACCUGGUCAUGCACCAGCUCAACCAGUGUUACACCCAGCUGACGUGGCAGCAAAACAAUGUGCAAAGACUAAAGCAGGUCUUAAACGACCUCCUCCGUCAGCAGCAGCAGCAGCAGCAGCAAAAGCACGGCUCAUCCCAAGAAACUAACUCCGUUCCCUCAGCCUCUCCUGGUUUCUUCCCCCCUUUCUCAUCCAACCUUCAACCUCCAACCAACGUGCCAACUGCUGCUUUAUCCCCAUUCCCUCCAAGCUUUAACUUAUAUCCACUUUUCCCUAAUCCCACGGGGGAUUUCCCUCAAGGGGCAACAGGUCAUGCAAGCCCUGACCAUCAGAAGCAGCAGCUGGACCCAAACACUUCAGUCAAAACAGAGUACAUGAGUUUCCCCCCUCCUCUGCAGCGCUCUCCUCUUAACACCACUGCAGAGAGAGGAGCUGCUGGCUGGCUUAAAACUUCGUACACAAACAACAACGUCCAGCAUCGCCUAUCUAAAACGGAUCCCCAAGAGUCCCCCUCCUUCUCCCCCACUUUUGUCAACCGCCACAACCGACCUGAAGAAUUUGACAGGGUGUCCCAGGAAAGCUUCAGUAGCAUACCUGAUCCAGUCGACCCCACCACCAUCACAAAGACCUUCAAGACCGGACGUAAGGCCGCUGCACAGGCAAACCUGGCCACCCGGAGCAAAACGCCCAACUCUAAGAGCCGCCGCAGGAGGAGCAAAGGGCAGAACAAGAACAGUGAAGACCACGAGAGUGACAGUGUUAGCAGUACUGCAGACUUUGCACAGAAGAGGGCACCACUGUCCCAUCAGAAGGAUCAGAACAAGAGUCUGCUGGACAAGCUGACUCAAGAAAAACUUCACAGCAAGACCAGGCUUGGGAGUAAACGAAAUGACCUCUCCUCUGCCUAUGCUUGGAGAACACCCUUCCUCUCUAACAGAAUUGCAUGCACAGAAGCACCAGACGCCAGCAGCGACUUCUCACUGUUCGAGGCGCUGAGAGAGACCAUCUACUCGGAGGUGGCCACUUUGAUUUCCCAGAAUGAGUCCCGUCCUCAUUUUCUCAUUGAACUCUUCCAUGAGCUGCAGCUCCUCAACACGGACUACUUACGGCAGAGGGCACUGUACUCCCUACAGGACAUAGUGACCCGGUACCUGACAGAGAAGAGUGCAGUUGAGGACCAGUUAGCCCCUUUUGGUCCUGUGUCGUGGGCUGCAGGCUCUCAGUCUGAGCUCACACCCAGCGAGAGUCUGGCUACCAGCGACGCAGAGGUGGUGGAGAAAAAUCUGAGAUACACACAGGACUCUGUGAAGAAGAGGGAUGAUGCGGAGUCUGUGGACAACGAGAGCACCAUGUCGACCUCCUCCAACCUGGAACCGUUUGCUAACGAUGACUUGGGAAACACGGUGAUACAUUUAGACAAGGCUCUGGCCAGGAUUAGGGAAUAUGAGCGCAUGAAACUUAAGGCUGAGUUUAACCCCUGCAAGGCCAACACUGCAGGUGCAGGUGGCUCUGAAGUCUCAAACGCUGAACAUCUCUCUGCUAACCCUGCUGACCAAGUGGAAGGCGGGGCAGCUGGUGAUGUUCACUGCCCUCAGAUUGACACCCAGCAGUUGGAUCGUCAGAUCAAAGCCAUCAUGACAGAAGUCAUUCCUUUCCUGAAGGAGAACAUGGAUGAGGUGUGUUCCCUCCAGCUUUUGACAUCUGUGCGGCGCAUGGUUCUCACUCUCACCCAACAGAACGAUGAAAGCAAAGAGUUUGUCCGCUUUUUCCACAGACAGCUUGGAGGCAUACUGCAGGAAUCUCUCAGUAAAUUUGUGGGCCGCACUCUGAAAGACUGCGGGGAGGACCUCCUGGUGGAGAUCUCUGAGAUCCUCUUCAAUGAACUCGCUUUCUUCAGGCUCAUGCAGGAUUUGGAUAACAGCAGCAGCAUGGCCUUGGCAGCCAAACACAAGAAUAAAAAGAGGGAUGAGCAACCCAGUAAAGCAAAUCAAAGUCUCAAGGAAAACACAGACACUGGCAGAGAUAGAUCCAUUUCCCCAGCUUACUCUGAUGAAGACAAGGACCAAGAAGAGGCUGAGCAGGAAGGUGAUUCUACUCUAAAGGAGCAUUACCUGCAAGCAGAGAGGAAGAACAGCGGGAGCAGAGAAGCUUCUGAGGUUGAAGAGGAAGAGGAGGAUGAAGGAGAGGGACAGGGAAUGCCUCUUUCAAUCAGUCUUUCCAAAGCAGAGACUCAGGCUUUGACAAACUAUGGCAGUGGAGAGGAUGAGAAUGAGGAGGAGGAAAUGGAGGAGUUUGAAGCUGGACCUGUUGACGUCCAAACAUCUUUGCAGGUGUCUGCUGAUGGACAAGUGGAGCAGGAGGGGACAACACCCAGCAAAACACAAGAGUCCAAAACUGCCCAGAAUCGUCCAGAGAGUGACGGAGAAACCAUCAGGUCAGGUGGGACCGUGGAUUCCACAGCAGAGGACUGUGACAUGUCCGAAUGUCAGAGUCCAGAGAAGGAGAGUCAACUCCAGGCAGCUGCUGCUUCAGAAGGAGAGUCUGCAGCCUCCCAUGAUCAGGAUGUCCCAAAGGAGUCAAACACCACGAGUAGCCCUGAUACUGACUCCCCUGUCAUGAUCAACGUAGAUGAGGUUGGCUCGGGGAACACCAGUCAGAAAUCUGAUGAAGAAGACUUUGUGAAGGUGGAUGACCUGCCACUGCAGCUUUCAGUAAUGUGUGAGGAGGAGCUACAGAAGAGAAUAGUGGAGGAGCAGCAGAAUAACAACCUGUCUGUGGAGAUCCUGAAUGGAAACACUGAAUCGCUGACUGGGCUUGUGGGAAACGCACAUGCUUUGAAGGAACCCGGAACAGUUGGUGCACAGGGCGUGUAAAGAUUUAUUUUGAUAUCUGAAGAUGUACUGAUUAUAGCAACACUAUACAUAAACACUCAAAUCUGUUCUGUAUAUAUGAUAGUUGAUUGUUCUGUGCUUUUUAAAAGGAGCAAAAUCUAGUAAUAUUUGUCCUAACUGUUACCCUGACACACACAAACAUAUAAUCAAAAGCUAAUUUCAUUUAUGCCUGAAUGUUUCAUGUGAUUUGUGGGAAAUCUGGGGAGGGCUUUGUCUCUUUGCUACUGAUGACAGUUAACAGUUAAAGCUUUUGUUGAAUCUCUUAAGUAAUGAAAUUGCUCUUCCGAUCCGCCUUAGCACUGUUCUUGGUUCUGGGAUCAGUCUGACUUAAGUUGUGAUUUGUUUAUUUUAAUUGUUUUUAAUUAAAUGUGUCUUUUUGCUUGGCCUUAGUACUGUAUAAGCUCGUCUCUUCUGUACUUGAUUGCUGCCUAUAAAGAGAUAUCAUUAAGACAGCUUAAUUGUUUCUCCACUUAUUCCUUCAUUUUUAGAGCUCAGGCUUAACUUUUAUCCCUUCAGACUAAUCUUUAUAAACUGUCUAUCUUCAUUCAUUUUUCUGUAAUUAAAAUGUCAACUACAGUAAUCAGUUUUAAAUAAUAAAAUAUGGAUAUAAAAUACUUCUCAAACAUGA